AUGAAACCUGACUUGUUCCCUAAAGAGAAGCUUCGUGUGCAAGAAAAAGGGGCGUCGCCAACUUCAGUUUCACCUGAAACUGACGCUGGUUCCUCCCUAGGUGAUAUCGUUGAAACCAACGCUGGUUCCUCCCUAGGUGAUAUCGUUGAAACCAACGCUGGUUCCUCCCUAGGUGAUAUCGUUGAAACCAACGCUGGUUCCUCCCUAGGUGAUAUCGUUGAAACCAACGCUGGUUCCUCCCUAGGUGAUAUCGUUGAAACCAACGCUGGUUCCUCCCUAGGUGAUAUCGUUGAAACCAACGCUGGUUCCUCCCUAGGUGAUAUCGUUGAAACCAACGCCAGUGCGGAAACUGCCAGAAUUCGCAACGAAACGGUACUUGUCGUUUCACAGCAACUGAUAAUAGCGAUCACGGUGUCUGGCUUUUUUGGGCUAAUCGUCUAUGUCAUCUAUUGUGCCGCUGUACGACCCACUCUGGACGAAAAAGGAUCGGACCAAGAACUGGAGACUAGCGAUGUUGACCAACAUAAUGAAAUCGAAACGAUUUUCAAAGAACGUCUUCGACAGGCGAACUCUGACAGAGAUGGCGUAUGCACAGAAAUGGAGACAUAUACUUUAUUACAAGAGUGA